CUGACAGUCAAACUAGCGUAGAGUUGAAGAGGUGCAUAUGUACGAGGAUAGAUACGGCAUUAAACAUAAACAAAACAAAUGGAGGAGCGACAUCGGAAUGACACGCGAGGUGAAAGCUGAUGUGGAAGACAUGCAUCUGACUAUUACUUGUAGGAAAGUAUUCUGAUUGAAUCCUGUUUGGACUGGUCACCAUGGCAACGAGGUACUUGGUCGCUAUGGAUCAUGUUGACCUCCAUGCCAAAAAGGUCAUGAGGAAGUAUGCUCAGAACCGUCCCCUAGGCGACAUAGAGAGGAAGUAUCAGUAUACCCUGCCCCAGCCUGUGCUCUCCUCUUACCAUGUCAGUACCCCUGCUGUCCAUGCCUACAGGCCAAAGUCCAGCGUACAUAUCAUAGAGGAGCAACAACAAUGCCUCCACGAUCUGCACUCAAGGUCAAGGAAUGCGAACUCUGCUCCUGCAUCCAGGAGGGUGAAGUCAGGGAUACGCUACAGCGGUGUGUCAGACCAUUACUACUGUCAGACUCCCAAUGUCAAUGUUUCUGUGCACGGUCGACCUGCCACAUCAUUAUCAGAGGGUCCUGGUAAAGAUAGAAGACCAGCUACAUGUUCAACUCAGCGUAGAACCAGACCCAAGACUACAGGUGAGUUGAAGAAGUCUAAAACUGCUCGUGAGUUCAUGGUCGUGAAGGUGGACCCAGAAAUCCUCAUGUCCAGUCGAAGGCGGAAAGAGCUGACCAAUCAGAUUAGAGCACAGUGGACACCUGAGAACCAUGACCUGAGCCCCAGUCAGUUUGUACGGGGGCAAAACUCUUCCCUUAGCCUCAGUGGUCUGGACUCUCCAAGGUCCACUGGUCAGUGGCUCACCUUUGGAGGGUCAAGCAGAGCCGACAACCAUGGCGUGGUGGACGCAUUUGCAACUCUGAAAGGAGACGGCCAGAGUUAUAACAUUGAUGGACACAGCGGGAGCAGAGUUGCCCAACAACUGCAGAAAGGAGGGAAGAUAAGAAUUGGCAGAAAUGGCUCACUCCUUGUUGUUAAAGAAACGACCAGACAGGAUGAGGAGGAAGAGAGCAGCAAAGAAGAUGCGAGCAGGAAAAUAGUUCCACUCUGCUGGACUGAUCAGAUAUCUUCCCAAGAAGCCAAAGUAGUCCAGGCCAGAGCAACGCCGCCAACAGUGACACUGAAGCCUAAGAAUCUUUGUGAAACGUAUCCAGUUGUGUUUAGAAAGCUGGUUCCAGAUGACAUACAGAGACCUAAACUGGCUUGUAAGCUGCAAGAAUCUGUGACAUCGAAAAUGCCAAGAAUUCUGCCAACUGCCUCGUUGAAUCACAGAUCAGGACAAGAGUCACUUGCUAAUAGGCUAGGGACAAGCAACUUUAGGAACAUGAAAUUGACUCGAACUGGGACGACUGAUGAUGGGCCUUCACAUAAUAUUGAAUACGGCAUGUCUGUGUCACCAAAAGAGUCCAAACUUGAUGAUAAUUCAUCAUCUGCAGAAAGCGACCAAAGGCUGAAUCCAGGGACAAGGUCAUCUGAAAGGUCAAAGAAUUCUGACAAGAAAGCCACAAAGACUAAACACAGCAGCAAGACUGUGCUAGCAGAGUCGGGAUCUCAUGUUAAACUGCUGAAGGUUAAGCCCAGUCCUGCCUCCCUACUGUUGUACACAAGCCCUGACCCCGAGCUCAGCAUCAACGUGUCAGGAACAAAAGCUGAGCUCAUCUCUCCGAGAGGUUCCAGUGCAAACAAGAAAGAUUUGCCCAUUAGGGACUUGCCAACAAAUGGGAAGGCAGCAAGUUCCAAAGCAGUUUCUUCAGUCUCAAGCACAGGUAUUCACAAUCAGUCUCUUCAGCCAGAAUUCAUCCAGUUCGCCACAGGGUUGAUCAGCCCAAGCAUUCAGAGAAGAGCCAGAUCUGCUGGAAAUACAAAUUUCGCUAUUAGAAAGGUCAAAGAGCACAACCGGCGGGAAGUGAGCUUUGACCUGUCAUCACCUGAGGAGGCAUCAGUUCAGAAUGACACAUGCACCAAGGAUUUUAACACCAGUCAAGGUGAGGCGCUGAAGAGAACGAACACCCCUGUCUCCCCAGAACCUCUCAGCUCUGAGUCUCCAUCCUCUCCAGUACUGGUACCAGAGGAAACAGAGACUUUUGCCUUCAGCAUUCCCACAGCCGAGUCUGACAAAGGCGAGAGAGCGAUCACCUCUGUGAGGGGAGACAAGAGCCCAAGUCUUUCAGAGGACAAGGCAAGUGUUUGGGAUGCACAGGAAGUGCAGUCUCGAGCAACAUCAGAUUCUCAGUUUGAGGCAAUCACUGCUCUGAUGAGAGAGUCUUUAGCAGUAUCAAACCCCUCAGAUUACAGCUCACAAACAGACAGUUCUGAAUCCCAUCAAAGUGAGGACAACUGCAAUGAAAGCAUGACCACAAACUUUCACAAUCAUAAACAUAGCGUGCGUUUUGAGAGCGGCACAAAACUUGAUGAUUCGACACACAGCGCUAACAGCGAUCUGCCUUCCAGGGGCCCAGAUCCAAAGAUUGGUGACCUCUUGUCUAGCCAACUUCACCCUGAUGUCUUGGAUGCCACAGUGGAAGUGAGACGACUUAGGCAACAAAUACGAGAUGACCUGGUAAAACAGCAGGAAGAUACGGAAGACGACAUUCACUACUUGAGAUUGAGACAAAGCAAAUGUUUGAACUGAGGGGUUACUUUGAACUUGCCAGACUUUUAGCUGUCCAAGUGAAAAGUAGCAACCAGUGUCACAAAACUUUGUAAAUGUCACAAGGCAGUCUACGACUGAUGAGAAGAUCUACAAAAGAUUGAUGUACAAACUCUUGCAAAUGUGGUUACUGGUAUGAAACAAACAGUUAAAAUGAACUGUUUCCACCUCUUUAUUUCGCCCAAUAAAAAGUGGCAGUUGGUGAAGAGAGCAAAGAAUUUAGCACGAUUUGUGAUACUGUCAUUAGCUUGCUACAUCUUUCCUUGGCCCAAUAAAAAGUGGCGGUUGGUGAGCAAGGGAAAGAAUUAAACAUGAACUGUGGUACUGUCAUUAAUUUGACACCAUGGCUUAAUUGGCCCAAACAAAAGUGGCAGUUUGUGAGCAAAACAAAGAAUUUAUAUUAACAUAAAUUGUGAUGCUGCCAUUGACUUGCCACUUCUUUACUUGGUCCAGUGAAAAGUGGCAUUUGGUGAGCAAUGCAAGUUGGAGUUGGUGUUCAAGCAAAUGAAAUAUUUAUCAUGGGCUGUAGUUUUUGUCUAAGCCUUGCCACUACUUUACCUGUUACAAGGACAAGCUGAAUCUUGUAACUAACAUGCAACAUGGACUGUGAUAAUAUUCUUGUCUUACCAGAUCUUUACCCGUCCAAAGUGAAAA